UCAAUUUGAAACUCGCUCUCUCCUCUCCUCUCCUCUCUCUCUCUCUCUCUCUCUCUCUCUCUCUCUCAGAGCAGAGAACAGUGCCAAAACCAGCCUGAAUUUUUCAAAAAAACCAAAAGCAAAUUUGGUUUGAGCCCUUCCCUUUUGGAUUCUCCGCAAUGGAUUCAAGAGAAUCACCGGCGCUUCCCCAGCAGCAGCCACCGCCUGUCCCGCCGGGUAUGGCGGCUAUGCUGGCACAGCAGCCAAACUCGUUUUCUCCGAAUUUCGCCACCACGAGCGCCAACACCAUGAUCGCUCCCAAUUCCGCCGCCAACGCUUCUAUGGUCCAAAACCCUCGCUUUCCCUUCAAUUCCGUGAUCUCCCCGUCCUCCCAGCCGAUGAACUCUCUAAACUUGCAGUACGGCGGCGGAUCGCAGUCGGUGGGGCUGGGAACUGGCGGGUUUGGCAUUGAACCGGCGAAGAAGAAGAGAGGGCGGCCGAGGAAGUACUCUCCGGACGGUAACGUUGCUCUCGGACUAGCCCCUGCCCCUAGCACCGCUGCCCCAGUUAACCCCUUUUCGUCGCCAGUGACGGGUCAGGGCGAUUCUAGCGUUGGGACUCCGGCUUCGGAUCCGCCGGCGAAAAGGAGCCGAGGGAGGCCACCGGGGUCAGGGAAGAAGCAAUUGGAUGCUUUAGGAUCCUUUGGGGUUGGCUUUACACCGCAUGUUAUACUGGUUAAAGCGGGAGAGGAUGUAGCGUCAAAGAUUUUGGCCUUCUCAAAGCAAGGACCACGCACUAUUUGUAUUCUCUCUGCAAAUGGGGCCAUUUGCAAUGUCACCCUUCGCCAGCCAGCAACUUCUGGUGGCAUUGUGACGUAUGAGGGACAAUUUGAAAUUAUCUCUUUAUCAGGUUCCUUCUUGCUCUCAGAAAGUAAUGGUGACCACAGCAGAAUGGGUGGUCUGAGCAUAUCCUUAGCAGGAUCAGAUGGACGAGUUUUAGGUGGUGGUGUGGCUGGAAUGCUAGUGGCAGCAACGCAAGUACAGGUUAUUGUCGGUAGCUUCAUUGCAGAUGGGAAAAAACCAAAAUCUGGAAAUUCUCCUGUACCUGCAUCCAAUAUGUUCAAUUUUAGCGCACCAGUUGCAGCAGCGAGUCCUACCUCUCGAGGUCCUUCAAGUGAGUCAUCUGAUGAGAAUGGUAAUGGCAGCCCUUUUAACAGGAGCUCAGGGCCCUACAACAAUGCUAGCCAACCUGUUCACAAUAUGCCGCCCAUGUUUUCAAAUAUGGGUUGGGUGAACUAUACAGCGAACAUGCUUCCCAACUGAUGAUGCCUAGCUGACCAAGUUGAUGCCGGUGUUUAACGCUAGAGGUUGGUUGCAAAUGCUAACCACCAAUUCAUAGGAUCUAUUUUCUUUCAUCUGUUGACCCUAGUUUUCUUACUUAUUUAGUGUUUUCUUUGCGAGUUGCUUCGCAUUUCCUUUGUUCUUCCUUUACAGUCUGACUGAAAGAUCGGCUAAUUUGUCAAAAAAUAGAGGGCUUGGUUUCUACAACACCCAUGUUUUACCAGAAUGUCUUAGCUAUA